CCAGGUCACAGAUUUCCUGAAUAACUGACAAUGAAAAAUCAAACCACAGUGACCGAAUUUAUCCUCCUGGCACUUUCCAGUGACCCACAGAUGCAGAUUUUCCUCUUCCUAUUGUUUUUAGUUAUUUACCUAAUCACUCUGGGUGGUAAUAUAGUGAUCAUUGUGGAGAUAAGAGCUGAUUCUCACCUUCACACACCUAUGUACUUCUUUCUCUUCCAUUUAUCCUUUGUUGAUAUCUGCUAUUCCUCAGUCACGGUGCCUAAAAUGCUGAUGAACUUCCUAGUAGAGCACAAAACUAUUUCUGUCAAUGGCUGCAUCGCCCAGAUGUUCCUUAUUAUCCUCUCAGCUGGUGCUGAAAUUUUCAUUCUCUCAGCCAUGGCUUAUGACCGCUAUGCUGCCAUCUGUGAUCCAUUACAUUACGUGCAGACAAUGAGCAAAGGAAUCUGCGUUCAGUUGGUAAGUGGUGCAUGGACCAUGGGCUUCUUCUAUGCCCUUCUUAACACAAGUUUUGCCCUCAAGUUGCAUUUCUGUGGGCCCAUUCAAAUCAGUCAUUUCAGCUGUGAGCUCCCUCCUCUGUUGCAACUGGCCUGCACUGACACCCUCACCAAUCAACUGGUGCUUCUUACUUCUUUUGUGAUAUUUGGGUCAAGCUCCUUCCUCCUCAUGCUGAUCUCCUACAUUUACAUCAUCUCCACCAUCCUGCGGAUACGCUCUGCAGAGGGCAGGCGUAAGGCCUUCUCCACCUGCAGCUCCCACCUGAUCGUGGUUGGUUUGUUGUACUUCACGGCUUUUUUCCAGUACACAAAACCCAGCUCAGUCUCCUCUGUGGUUCUGGAUGAAAUGUUCUCCAUCCAGUACAGCAUCUUGAACCCCAUGUUAAACCCCAUCAUCUACAGCCUGAAAAACAAGGAGGUGAAAACGGCUCUAAGGAAUAUAUUGGGGAAAUUCAGAUUUCUCAGUUAGUGUUGAUUCUCUCAUUUUUUGAAAGUCAGAAAGC